CGUAAUUGCUUCGAUUUCUCUGCAAAUCACACACAAAUUUAUCUUCUCAGAUACUUUCUGAGCUUCAUUUUUCGAGUCUCUUUUGCUUGAUUUCGGGUUUUAGCGGUUAUUGAUUGAGUCGGUGACUGUUGGUAUUCCGAUUAGAAUUCCUUUUCCUGAAAAGUUACUUUUGGAGGAGAAGAAGAUGACAAGUCUCUGAGUGAGUUUAGGGUUUAGUGUUUCUGGUUUGUGGAGCUGUUUUGGAGCUUAAAAAGAGGAUUUUGAUGGCGGUGGAGUAUGAAUGUUGCGGGCCGAACUUCUUCAUACACAUAGCUGUGAUAGUGUUUCUUGUGCUGUUCGCUGGACUCAUGUCUGGUUUAACAUUAGGUCUUAUGUCUUUGAGUCUCGUUGAUCUUGAGGUCCUCGCUAAAUCCGGCACACCCGAAUAUCGCCAGUAUGCUGCAAAGAUAUUGCCAGUGGUAAAGAAUCAGCAUCUGUUGCUUGUCACGUUACUUAUAUGCAACGCAGCUGCUAUGGAGACACUUCCUAUUUUUCUUGAUGGACUUGUCACGGCAUGGGGUGCCAUUUUGAUUUCAGUGACAUUAAUUCUUCUCUUUGGCGAGAUUAUACCUCAGUCAAUUUGUUCACGUUAUGGUUUGGCCAUUGGUGCAACAGUGGCUCCGUUUGUCCGUGUCCUAGUCUUCGUCUGCUUACCAGUUGCAUGGCCGAUUAGCAAGCUGCUGGACUAUCUAUUGGGUCAUCGUCGUGCAGCACUAUUUCGAAGAGCUGAGCUGAAAACACUUGUGGAUUUUCAUGGAAAUGAGGCUGGAAAGGGCGGAGAAUUGACUCAUGACGAAACGACAAUCAUUGCAGGAGCUCUUGAACUCUCAGAGAAAAUGGUCAAUGAUGCAAUGACACCAAUAUCUGAUAUAUUUGCGAUUGAUAUCAAUGCCAAACUAGACAGGGAUUUGAUGAACUUGAUUCUUGAGAAAGGGCAUAGCAGAGUUCCAGUAUACUAUGAGCAGCCAACUAACAUCAUCGGCCUUGUUCUGGUAAAGAACUUACUGACUAUCAACCCUGAUGAAGAAACACCCGUCAAGAACGUCACAAUAAGAAGAAUUCCAAGAGUUCCAGAAACCUUGCCUUUAUAUGACAUAUUGAAUGAGUUCCAGAAAGGACUCAGCCACAUGGCUGUUGUCGUGAGACAAUGCGACAAAAUCAACCCAUUACCUUGUAAAGACGAGAGGGUUAAGGAAGUCCAAGUGGAUGUGGAUGAUGAAGGAACUCCUACUCCUCAGGAGAGAAUGUUAAGGACAAAGAGAUCGCUUCAAAAGUGGAAGAGCUUCCCGAAUCGAGCAAGUUCGUUUAAAAGGUCAAAGACCAAGAAGUGGUCGAAGGACAAUGAUGCAGACAUCCUGCAUUUGAAUGGCAAUCCGUUGCCUAAACUAGCCGAGGAAGAAGAAGCUGUAGGAAUCAUUACAAUGGAGGAUGUUAUUGAGGAGCUUCUGCAGGAGGAGAUCUUUGACGAAACUGAUCACCAUUUUGAAGACUCCUGACAGUGCAUGACCAUUUUCUCAAUGGUGAUCACCAUCUUGUAUUUUUUGUUUCAGCUUUCGUACUUUGUAACUUCUCGGGCGAAUGUAUCAUCAAUGUAGGCAUAUUAAAACUACUCGAAUUAAUGCAAUAUGAUAGA